AUGGCAACACUACCCUUAUGGCAACCCAAUCAUCCUGUUUCUCUUCCUUCCUCUCCUCAGGUCAAGUCGUUUGGCCUUCAGUCUGACCUGCGGGGACAUGAGAAGCAGUGCGGUGUAAAGCGGUGGCACUGCUCCUGCGGGAACUCCUUCAGCAGAAAGGACAAGCUAGCCAACCACCUCAACACGUUCACGGACCACUCCCCUCUCUACAACCUCCAGCCAGUUGCCAUCCCGAUUCAGCCCAAGCAGAAGCUGCAGCAGCGGAAGCAGCUUGCAGUUCAGACGAAGCAGCUACAGGAGCAGACGAAACAGCUAGAGGCGCAGACAAAUAAGCUAGAGGAGCAGACGAAGCAGCUAGAGGCGCCACAAAGUGGCAGCCUCAUGAACAUUGAAGUCAUGAGGCAAGCUCUGGCGAGUCACCUGGUGCGCUCUGCGAGCUAUGCUUCCGAGAGGAAUCAUACUUGGGGCCAAAACGCUGAGGAGAGAAAUGCUUUGGAGAACAAUGGCUCACAGGGGAGCGAGGCUAGGAGUGGGUACGUGUCGUUGCUGCUGCAGGAGGCCCUAGGAUCGGACCUAGAGAGCCCCUUGCAAAGAGAGGGCUUCGAGUGGGGUCACCAGUCUCAUCCUUCUCAGCUGGCUCAGCACACCCAGCAGACUUGGCAGAUGCAGCAGGGACAGCAGACCCAGCAUCCCUCCACGUGCCUCUCCAGUCCCUCCACGUGCCUCUCUAGUCCCUCCACGUGCCUCUCCACUCCCUCCACGUGCCUCUCUAGUCCCUCCACGUGCCUCUCCAGUACCUCCACGUGCCUCUCUAGUCCCUCCACGUGCCUCUCUAGUCCCUCCACGUGCCUCUCCAGUCCCUCCAAGUGCCUCUCUAGUCCCUUCACGUGCCUCUCCAGUCCCUACAUUCGCCUCUCCAGUCCCCCCAGUGCUCCCUCCUAUCCUUCACCCAGUUGCCCCCUCGGUUAUCCAUCCCAAUGA